AAAUGAUGUCACGACAAGACUGGAUCAUUAUUGGUAUUGCCGGAGUUACAUGCGGAGGAAAGACCACUAUAUCCAACAAACUUAAAGACACUCUAAGCCCAGUGUACAUUUUCCACCAAGACCAAUAUUUCUACCCCGACGAUAGUCCUAACCAUGUGAAAUGCGAGGGCUUGGAACAUAACAACUACGAUAUCCUAUCGUCCUUAGACAUGAAUAAGAUGUAUGAAGAUGUCUUAAAGACUAUGAAUGGGGAAAAUAAAGCGCAUACAUACAAUGAGAACAGUGGUAGUGGCAAAUUAAUAUUAUCUGGAAAGAAGUUUAUAAUAGUGGAAGGGUUCACCGUACUCAACUUUGAGCCCAUAAACGAGAUUUGUGAUUUAAGAUACUACCUGGUUCUAACCUACGAGGAGUGCGUGCGGCGUCGCGGCUCGCGCGUGUACGACCCCCCCGACAUACCCGGAUACUUCGAACAGUGUGUGUGGCCUGAACACAAGCGGUACAGGCAAGAGAUAGAGAAAGACAAGCGCAUCGCAUUUUUGGAUGGCAGUAGACCAGAUAACUUCGAAUCUAUAGUCUCUGAUCUAAAGGAGAAGGGAGCCAAGUAUUUAUGAUUUAAUUUUGGGAGUAGCAUUAGACUUAACUAUUGAGUAACAUUAUAUUAUACUAUGAUAUAGUAUUUUAUAUAUUUUGUAACGCAUCUUUGUACUACGAAAUAAAUUAUUUCAAAGGCAGAUUGAGAAUCAACUUUAUUUGGCUGGGUUCGGCUAGGGCUAAGACAUAAUCCAAUCAAAUUAUGUAGGCCAUCUACUUAAUGAAUAAACUACUCCAUAGUAAAUUUUAUAAUUAUUGCGGAUUUCACCAACGCGUGUGAAAGUUGAUUCUUGAUGAAAUAUAAUCAAUCUCUUUCGUUCUUUGUAUGAAUGAAAGAGAAGGCACUAUAUUUUGAAAAACGAAAAAGUAGUAGGCGUCGGUGAUGUAUAGCGAUUUGUAACUAGUUAAUUUAAAAUAUCCCAGUUGAAUUUUUAUAUUGUUAAAGUAUAUUAGCCCACAUAAAAUUAGUCUGUCGCUAUGUCACUUGUACAACAUUCACGAGAAUUGUUAAUAAAUUAAUUUCAUAGUUA